GAAAAGAAAAAAAAAAGUGUGAAAUAAAAAACAAAAAUGCAGUCAGGAAGGAACGCAGCGGAGUCAGCGAAGGAAUCGGCCGCCAACGUGGGAGCUGCUGCCAGGGCUGGCAUGGACAAAACCAAAGCCACCGCCCAAGAGAAGGUGGACAAAAUGCGGGCCCACGACCCGGUGGAGAAAGACAUGGCCGAGGCGAGGAAAGAAGAGAGAAUCACCGAGGCAGAGAUCAACAAGCAACAAGCGCGUGCAGCCCACGCUGCCGAGAGACAAGCCGGCACCGGCACACUUGCCGGAUUAGCCACCGGAACCGGGACUGGGGUCGGACCGACCACCGGCACCGGAACUGGAGCUGGGACCCGCACCCUAGGUGGCACCCAACCUUGAAGCGCGUGGCUUGCACGUGUGGUGUGAUGAGUGGGAUGGAGAGUAGAAUGUCUGGCUUUUUUUAAUUUUAAUAAUUAAUGUCGUUUUCGAGUAAGUAAUUAAGAAUAUGGUUGGUGGAGAAGUGUACGGUUAAAAGUUAUUGUAUAUUGUAAUAUAAAUAAUAGCCUAUUAGAUUGGAUAA